AUCGAGGGAGGGGUCAGAGUUUGCGGGUUGAGAGGUCACGGGGCACGUGUGGUAGCCAUGGCGGCGUGCGGUGUGAGGAGGCUUUUGCUGCUGCUACCCGCGACCUUGGCGCGCGGCGCGCCCGCCGUAGGAGGGGGCCUCAGGCCGUCGGUGGGGCUCAGAGGAUUCGCGGGCCUCGUGGGUCCCGGCCUACAGCCCCUGCUGCCGCCGGCCCCCCCUGCCAGCCGAGGUUACGCCAAGAAGCCGGCGUUCAAGGCGAAGGGCAAGGCCAUGGUGAAGGAAGUGCUCAUGGACCCGGAGUUGAGCCGCGACCCCGAGGUCCUCGUCUCUCACUGCGUGGGCCUCAACUUCCUCCGCGAGGGCAGCGAUCCCCCGCUGCGUUCCGACUCUGAGUACCCGCCCUGGCUGUUUGAGCUGAAUGUGGGACCCCCGUUGACGCUGGAGGAGGUGGAGCCUGACUCGAUGGAGUAUUUCCGACUGCUGCGGAAGCAGCACAUGUGGCGCGUCAACAAGCUGAGCCGCCACAAACGCAUCCGAUGACUCCUCCUCUCAACUGCGGUUUCAUUCAGCGCGGGACUCCCUUCCCUUGAGCUUCAGCCGUGCGUGCUGCCGACACCCUGCCUGGGUUCACGUCCAGGCCCCAGAUAUUUCUGUCCCUUCUGCCUGUGCUUGGCGGCCUCAUUCUCUCCAUGAAAUAAAUAUGCCCACCAUGUGUGUACUGCGUCUUUAUACGUGGUCACAUUUUAUCGCGAUGUAAAUACACGUGUUGUGCUGACUCGCACAACGGUGCAUAGGCUCCACACGAAGGUCCUCGAUCUCGAAUGGAGACCUGCGACUGGCGGUAUCUAUGAAAUGUUGCAUGUUUCUGGGGAGCGUCUUCAGAUGUCGCAUUUAAACGCUUAUAAAACCCUGCAUUGGCCUCUCCUGUCGGCACCGUAACACACUCGCCUAUGACAACCGGCCACGUAAACUGGUCACCCAUUGAAGCACACUCCAGGCACUAACCAGGAUUUUUCCUGCUUAGCAGGGGCAUCUCGCUGCGAUGGUGAGAUGUUAAUUUCCUGGUCUGGUAUACAGGAGGUCGUGGGUUUGUUCCCGACCCUGACGCCUUUAUAUUUGGAGUUUGCAUGUUCUCCCCAUGGUCGUGUGGAUUUUUUUUCCAGACCUCCGGUUUUUCUCUCGACAUUUAGAAACAUGCAUUUAGAGUAUUUGGCUGCUGUAAAUUUGAACGCGUUAAGCCACUUAGUUGAGUUAUCAUUUGUGGCUAGGUCGCUUCUGAAAAGAGCUUAAUAGCUCGGUGGGCCUCAUCUGGUAAAAUAAAAAGUUGAGUUGAGCAUCCAAGGUCUGGCAAUCGGGUGCAGGCCAGGUCAUUUUGGCAUGGGCUACAACCAUUCUAUAAUAAUUGUUUAUUGAUACUAUCUUGAGCUGGAGAUAUUGCUUGAAUUUGGUUUUUAUUUCAAAAGGAACAUUUUUUAUCUGCACCCUAAAGUUGUAGCGCUGGCUUUUACCACAGUCACUCGGCAACCUCUUGGCUCAUUAGCAAAGUGGGUGCUGCUAAGCGCUCAUGCCUCGGUGUCUCCCGAGUACCAUUUUUGGCUCUCUUAAGUGUCCGCCGCUUCACCGUGUUCCUCUGUAAAUUGUAAAAAGAUAUCGUUCUCAAACGACAAGUGCAAGUGUGGGAUCUUCUGCAUUUGAAGUAUGUUUUAUAAAAUAAAAACAUAUACACGUGUA